AUGGCUGUCACUGCACUAAUAAUGGCUCAUUUUCUCUCACUACUCACCAUUUUCACUUUCUUCUCAAUCCCAGCCUCACCCCAGCCGGUCCGGUUCACCUACACCGGCUUCAACCACCCGAACACCACCAUCACCCUAAACGGCGCCGCAUCCGUCGGCCGCAACGGAAUCCUCCAGCUCACCAACGAAACCAGCCGGCUUAUCGGCCACGCCUUCUACUACACCCCUGUCCGGUUCAAAAACUCCACCGCCGGCGCCGUCCUCUCCUUCUCGACCUGCUUCGCCGUCGCCAUCCACCCGGAGUACCCCCGCCUCGGCGGCCACGGCCUGGCCUUCGCGAUCUCCCCGUCGAGCGACCUCCCCUCCGCCCAGCCCAGCCAGUACCUCGGCCUCUUCAACUCCACCACCGUCGGCAACGCCUCCAACCACCUGUUCGCCGUCGAGUUCGACACCGUCCAGGACUUCGAGUUCAACGACGUCAACGACAACCACGUCGGCAUCGAUUCGAACGCCCUCCGCUCCAACGCCUCCGCCCCGGCGGCGUACUUCGCCGGGGGUUCGAAGAUCGACCUCAAUCUCAAGUCCGGCAAGCCGAUCGUCGCCUGGAUCGACUACGAUUCCAGUACGAAUCUCGUCAACGUCACCAUCUCGCCGUCGUCGAUAAAACCCCUAACCCCUCUCCUCUCCUACAGAAUAGAUCUGUCUCCGAUUCUACACGAAACUAUGUUCGUCGGAUUUUCCGCCUCCACAGGCCUGCUCGCAAGCUCCCAUUACCUGCUUGGAUGGAGCUUCACAACCAUCGGAGAAGCUCCGCCGUUGGAUUUACAUUCCCUGCCUUCAAUCCCAGGGACUAAAAUCAAACACACAGGCCUGACCAUAGGCCUCACUGUCUCUGCUUUCCUCUUCUUACUAGCCCUAAUUUCAAUUUCCCUUUUCCUAAUCAGAAAAAUCAGAAACGCAGAGAUAAUUGAAAAUUGGGAGCUCGAAAUCGUCCCUCAUCGGUACAAAUACCAAGAGCUCAAAAAAGCCACCAGAAGCUUCAAAGACAGCGAACUCCUCGGCUCCGGCGGCUUUGGUCGGGUCUACAAAGGCACCUUACCCAACUCAAAGACCCAAAUCGCCGUCAAGCGAAUCUCACACGACUCGAAACAAGGCGUUCGCGAAUUCCUCUCGGAAAUCUCCAGCAUCGGCCGGCUCCGUCACCGGAAUCUGGUUCAGCUGAUGGGCUGGUGCAGGCGUGGGGCAGACCUCCUUCUCGUUUACGAUUUCAUGCCUAACGGAAGCCUGGACCGAUUCUUAUUCGAAAUUGGGCCCGAGCCCAAUACGGAACGGGCCUUGAGCUGGGAACAGAGGUUCAGGAUCGUGAAAGGGGUUGCUUCGGGCCUACUAUACCUUCACGAAGGCUACGAACAGGUCGUGAUACACCGGGACGUGAAGGCUAGUAACGUGUUGUUGGAUAGCGAGAUGAAUGCUCGAUUAGGGGAUUUCGGGCUUGCGAAACUUUACGAUCACGGGUCGAACCCUGGGACGACUCGAGUCGUGGGGACUUUAGGUUACCUCGCUCCCGAGCUAACGAGGACGGGCCGGGCCACGACGGGCUCAGAUGUUUUCGCGUUUGGGGCUCUUUUGCUAGAGGUUGUAUGUGGGCGUAGGCCCAUUGAGCGUAAAUCCGGGCCCGAGGAUUUCGUAUUGGCCGAACAUGUGUGGAGCGAGUGGAAGGAAGGGAGGGUUAUGAGUGUGGUGGACCCGAGGAUGAAAGGUGGUGGGUUUGAUCGGGAUGAGGUUUUGAUGGUGUUGAAGUUGGGCUUGAUGUGUUCGGCCCACGAGCAGACGGCAAGGCCCGGGAUGAGGCAGGUCGUGAGCUAUUUGGAGGGCGAGAGUGAGUUGCCAGAGUGUUUUGAGGGCUCCAGAGGGGCAUUUUGGGGAUAA